AUGGAGCUGAGAGCUCUUUAUUUUUGCCGCGGUUGGGCUGCCUCACCGAAGUACUGGAAUUCUUCUUUGGCAUGGGAGUGGCUGCCUUACUAUUUGCAGAGAAUUGAACAAAUAGAGGAGCAAAUCCCCUCUUCAGUUCUAGUCGGAGUGUUCUGUGUUGGUUGUGAGGACAUAAAAAGCAGCUUGAAAGCAACAGUUCGGGGCGUUACACAGCUGCUACUGGAUGUCCUAGCAAAACGCUUUCGUGAGCAGUGCACGCAAACUUUGGAAGAAUUCAGAAAAAUCUCUAUCAUUUUGAAGCAGCAGCCACCGGGAAUCGACGAACUCACCGAGCUACGGGAAUUCAUGGACGAUACCCCGGCAAAGCUGGAGGCUCUCGCAGUCGACAUCAAAUCAGCACUGCAUAUGUUCGACGUGCUUGAAACCUUCAAAUAUAGACUUCUUGUUGAAGAUCACAACUUGCGAUGGAAGCUCUACGCAUCUCCUGCGGAGAUUCUUGAGCUCUCAAACGAAGUAGCAACAUCUCUUAUCAAGGACAGAGCUCGUUUUCUGGAUGACAUGCUGGCCCAACAGUGCGAAUUCGCAGCCACUAUUGUUGACAUCGCUGAUGUCGUAGCUGGAUUCGCCAAUUUCACGGAUACAUCAAAGCUGGCAGAGGUAUACGAUAGCGUUCUCGCCGUUGGAGAGAGGAUUGACUUCAGUAUUCAGCAAGCUAAAGUGUUUAACCACAGAGAACGGCUUUUUGGGAGAGAAGUGACGGACUAUACGUCGUUGAUAAAGAUUCAAAAGGUAUAUGGUGGUAUAAAGGCUCUUCGCCGAGUGGAAAAGGUCCUGCAAGAGCGCAACCUUCUCGCAGUGUUAGCCAAAGCCUCCGGCGUCAUGAGCGAGCUUGCCGAGUUCAAGCCGCUGGGGCAAGAUGACGCUUACUGUCAAACUCGUAAAGCAUCUGCUACACUUCUUCUCCUGGAUUCACAGCUGUUCGAACGUAUUGGAGAACCACAACUGGACGAAGGGACUACCCUCACCUUAAACUCCUUAUUGGACAAGGGUAUCGCGAGCUGCACGGAUUUUGUCGUGGAGCUUGGGGAGCUAGCUACUAAAGAAAGCUAUCUUGAGAAGGCUCUACAAACCAUGAAGGCCGAAUGGGAGCAAAUCAAAUUUGAUUUUCCAGAGACAUACAAGGACACAGAUACUUACAUUUUGAAAGGUACAGACGAAAUCGUGGCUUUGCUUGACGAGCACAUUAUGACUACGCAAGGACUGCAGUUUUCGAUUUACAAGAAGCCUCUGGAAAAGGACAUUGAAGAGUGGGCCAAUCUCAUAAUGACGUUCAGGUUCUUCACUGUGGACACUGCCUGGAGGGUUUUGAUGCGACACACGUACGAAGAGCCCCAGGUGCUGGCUGCGUGUUCAACCCCUGGUUUGGCGGAUAAACUUCGCGAAAACAACAGGCUCUUGGAGAGAGUGCAGAAAGAACUCCAGUCGUAUCUUGAGCUUAAGCGCAGUCAGUUCGCUCGCUUCUACUUUCUUUCGAACGAUGAAUUGUUGGAGAUUUUGUCGGAAUCGACAGAUCCGCUAAAGGUCCAAGCGUUCCUAUGCAAAGUCUUUGAGAACAUAAAUGAACUGGAAUUCAACUCAGACCUUGUGGCCACUGCCAUGUUUUCUGCCGAAGGUAAGCUGGGUUUGCACACAUACAGUCUGAGUCCGCUACUUUAA